AUGGCAAGAAGUAAUGGCGAGGAACCCUCCGCCCUCAGCGCUAGCCAGGGCAUCCCACACUGUUUUCGCUCCAAAAUUUGGCCGAGACUUUCAGGGGCUUACAAAAAGCAGGAGCAGGCUGCUAACCAACAGCCUCCCCUCACGUACGCCGAUCUGGUGCACUGCACCAAUUCCCUGUCCGCUCACGUCGUGAACCAGAUUGAAAAGGUCAGCUGGCAUUUUAUGUAA